AUGAGAGAUCUCUUAUCGUUGGAGUCUGCUCUGUUUGCUCAAUAUGAGAAACAUUGCAAUAAUCUAAAAAAUUUCCUUACAGUCCAAUCACAACAGCAAAUUUUCAAUUCCACAACCCCUUUUUUCUUCUUUUGGAGGGAGCGAACUUUGAGUCUUGCCAUGGCCAAUAGUUCAUUCAAGAUUCAAAAUCCCUUGGAGAAGAGGAAGGCAGAAUCCACUCGCAUAAGAGAGAAGUAUCCCGAUAGAAUACCAGUUGUAGUUGAGAAGGCAGGUAGGAGUGAUGUUCCUGACAUCGAUAAAAAGAAAUAUCUUGUUCCUGCUGAUUUGUGCAUUGGCCAGUUUGUUUAUGUGGUCCGGAAGCGGAUCAAGCUCAGUGCCGAGAAGGCUAUAUUUGUCUUUGUUGACAACAUCCUGCCUCCCUCGGGGAGGGAGCGAACUUUGAGUCUUGCCAUGGCCAAUAGUUCAUUCAAGAUUCAAAAUCCCUUGGAGAAGAGGAAGGCAGAAUCCACUCGCAUAAGAGAGAAGUAUCCCGAUAGAAUACCAGUUGUAGUUGAGAAGGCAGGUAGGAGUGAUGUUCCUGACAUUGAUAAAAAGAAAUAUCUUGUUCCUGCUGAUUUGUGCAUUGGCCAGUUUGUUUAUGUGGUCCGGAAGCAGAUCAAGCUCAGUGCCGAGAAGGCUAUAUUUGUCUUUGUUGACAACAUCCUGCCUCCCUCGGCUUCGUUGAUGUCGAAAAUUUAUGAGGACUACAAGGAUGAAGACGGGUUUCUUUACAUGACUUACAGUGGCGAGAACACAUUUGGAUCAUCAGAAAUUCAUUAA